GAGACACAUGCCAAAUGUCCUGAAUGAAGAAACUAUGCCUGCCAUUCAGAAUGAGCAGGUCCUGAGGAAAGAUAUGCAAAACCAGCCCCUAAAGGAAGCCAGUCAUGUGCACUAGAAUCAAACUUGCUCCGGAAAUCAACUCCCCUGAUGCACCUCGAGAACACUUAAUGUAUUCUUAAUGUGUUCUUGAGCUCUGUGCCCCUUAAUACAGUCCUGGAUGCAACUGAGGAGAUACAGGAUCCUGACCUUGGAGCGAAGAAACUACAUUACCCAGAAGGCUAUGCAGGAAAUGCCUCCAGGCUGAACCAAUGGAGGCUCAGAAAAGGCAUUUCCCUUUGGCCUCUUCCGUAGGGCGGGAUGGGGAGUCCUUGUGGCGGGAUUUUGCCUUCUCAGGUUUUUGUGUCAGGCUGUGAGGUUUCCCAAGUCCACAGUCCCGUGGAGAAGGCCAGAGAGUGGUGCUCCCCGCCACACAGCCAAUGGUGGGAGCCUCCAGUGGUGCUCACAUCUCCCACGUGGGAUUGAAGCUCGGAGUCACCACCCGGACCCACGCCAGGGCCGGGCCAGGGACCGCCAUUCCUGCAGCGGCUUCUGCUCCCGCCCGGCUCAGCCCACAGAGGGCAAUGGCGGCGCCCCCGCUGAGGAGACGGGCUGAGGUUGGCGUGACCUUUGAGGACAUUGCCCUGUACUUCUCCAGGGAGGAAUGGAGCCUCCUUGAUGAGGGUCAGAGACAGCUCUACCUGAAUGUGAUGCUGGAGAACUUUGAACUUCUAUCCUCCCUUGGUUGCUGCUGUGGAGCAGAGAAUGUGGAGACACCAACCGAGCAGAAGAUUUCUGUAGGAUUGUCACAGGCAAGGAAUCCCAAGGUAGCCUUGUCUUCCCAGAAGAGCCAUCCCUGUGAGAGUUGUGGAAUAGUCUUGGGAAAUAUUUUCAAAGAGAUAGAGCUGCAGGGAUUACAUUAUGAACAGAUACUGUUGAGGUGUGGGGCAUGUGCAAAACGGUUUUACUUCAGUGUAAAAUUUCACCAGCAGCAUAUGAAAGAGAACACUUUGAUUACAGGUGUGGACUGGAUCUCACUUACAAACAGCUGCAAUUUAAAUGUGUCCCAGAAUCGUUUCACAUACGGGGAGGUUGGGCAGGGUGUCCUUACCGAAUCAAAACAUCUCCACCUAAAGGCUACUCAGACCAGGGACAGUCCAAAUGCUAUUUCAACACUCGGGAUGAUGUUUCAAAAGACAGAAAUUUGUUACAACAGAAAAGAAUGUAAGAAAGACAUUAGUUACCCCAACAUGUUUCUUCAGGAAAAGGGUGUUAGAAGUCGAUGUUUUGUGUGCUCUGAAUGUGGGAAAUGUUUUACAACUAACUCUCACCUUCAUUAUCAUCGGAGAGUUCAAACAGGAGAAAAUCCUUAUAAAUGCAAUGAAUGUGGAAAGUCUUUUACAAGGAGCACUGAUCUCCAAUAUCAUCAGAGAGUUCACACAGGAGAAAAUCCUUAUCAAUGCAGUGACUGUGGGAAAUCUUUUACCACUAACUCUCACCUUCAUCAUCAUCAUCAGAGAGUUCACAGUGUAGAAAAGCCUUACAAAUGUAGUGAGUGUGAGAAAGCUUUUACCAGCAACAAACACCUUCGUAGACAUCAGAGAGUUCACACUGGAGAGAAAUCUUAUAAAUGGAGUGAAUGUGGGAAAUCUUUUACAACUAUCAAUAGUCUUCAAUAUCAUCUAAGUGUUCACACUGGAGGAAACCGUUAUGAGUGUAAUUAAUGUGAGAUAUCUCUAGCCAAAUUUGUAAAUCUGCUCUGCCCAAAGGAGUCGAAAUGUGAACAUUUUUUUUGGAUGUGUAGGAAAUGUCGUUUCUAAGUUAGGAUUUAACAAUUGUGUAAGAAAAUAUGUGAAGUCUGAAUUACAUCUCAUACUUUUAAUCACCUCCAUUAUGUAAUAUCCCCCAACUGUUUUUGUUGUUCUGUUUGUUAGUAUUUCUCUUGGACCAUAUGUGUCUAUAUUACACUUUCCAACAUAGAAGUGUUUCCUUGUGUAUGUUACUGCGUAUUUCUGUUGCUGAAGGUAUUUCACCUGAACCACCUCUAAGGACCCUACAGAUGGCAUCAAUCGCGAUCCCCCUGUGCCCAGGGAUGCUAACUCUGUUGUCUCAUUUGUUGAAGUAAUUUAGAAAUACCUAAGCCCUUAGUUCUACCUUGUUUCCCUGUCAUGAAUUCCCACAUAGGACUAAUUCCUGUUUGCCCAGUAAACAUAAUGUUGGAGAAAAGCUGCCAUUGUCAGGGACACACUCUCAUUCAUCAGAUGCCAGUGAUGAAUUUUUGGAGUUCCUAAGUCAUCAUUGAACUAAGACUGCCAAACUCAGGUCUCUUUAUUUGUAAGAUAAUGAAGGCU